GACUUGAGAGAGCUUCGGGCGACUUUCAUUGUUAACUGUGUCUUCAAUAAUUUUCUUACGUACACCGCCAUCUUGUUGAACAUUGUGACAAUGUACGCGAUGCAAAAAACUGCAUCUCUGCCGAAGACUUUGAAAACUUUGUUAUUUAGCAUCGCUAUUUCUGAUGUUGGUAUUGGUUUACUUGCUCAGCCAGUUUACUCUUCGCUUCUGGUCAAAUGGUUACAAUUGAACCAUCCCAGCUGCAACAAUUCCCGAGUGUUUUAUAUUUCGGCCAAUUUGUUUUUAGCUUCGUCGUUCUUGUCCGUUGUGGCUGUAAGUGUAGACAGGUUCUUAGCUGUUCAUCUUCAUCUCAGAUACCAGGAGCUCGUGACUCACAGGCGUGUUGUUAUUGUGGUGAUUUCCAUAUGGGUCUUAAGUGCAUUUGUUUCUUUCACAAUGUUCUGAGAAUUACACGGCACUCGAGACUAUAUCAACUUAGUCUUUUUAGCCUUUGGUUUUAUUAUCUCAUUUGCGGUGUACAUCAAGAUGUAUUUAACAGUUCGACGGCACAAGAAUCAGCUUCAGUCCUUGUUAGCUGUAGACGAAGCUCAAAUUGGUAUAAUGACAAAUUAUGUUGCCGUUGUUAAGACUACAGUUGGUGUAUUCUACGUUUAUCUCGUGCUCUUAGCCAGUUAUUUGCCUUAUUUUAUUUGCAUGACUUUUGUUCGAAUCUGCCGUGACUCGCGCAUUGCUAAAAAACAGUUAUUUCUUUUCUCGUUGACUCUCAUGUUUCUUAAUUCAUCUUUGAACCCUGUCAUUUAUUGCUGGAAGAUGAGAAAGAUUCGACACGCUAUCUUGGACAUACUACGAAACAUGCCUCGAAUGAGAAAU